AUGACAGCUUCUGAUUGUUGCAAGAUCCAGAAGAAGAAGACUAGGACACUGGCAGAUGAACGGCCAGAUCUGGAUUUUGAUUACCUACUAGAUGAGAGCAAUAUCAAUACGAUAAAGGAGAACAUACGAAACAGGAAAGGCAUAGGUAACAUUGAUGCGCUACAUAAGGUAUGGAAGGAAAUUCAGGAUUACAGUGGGAAGAAAAACAAGUCAGAAGAAGAAUACACUGAAUUGUGGCAGAAGGUAAGGGUAACAAAUCAUUUUUACAGGAAUUUGUUAUUUUCUGGGUCAAGUUUUCUUUUGAGGUGUGAGUCAACUCUUUCUCCUUGAAGUGGCAAUUUUUAGUUGUACGUCGAAGCUCUUGCAUUACCAAAUCAAAGCCCCAAUGAUGUUCCGAUUGGUGGAGAAGAAGCAAAUGUUACAGUAGGAACAUACGGGGACAAACGAGAGGAGGAUGGUCUUCACAUAGCCGAGAAUCUCGUAGCCGGUUGGAAGUCGGUUCACUAUCCUCGAGAAUCAGCUGGAAGCCGAGCUUAUGCUUUUUGUGGAGCUGUAGCCAACGUGGAGGCCGCUUUAUUACAGUAUGCCAUGGAAACUGUCAAAGAAUUGAAGCCGGAUGUUAAUGUUGUUGAAGUGCCGGAUAUAUUACCAUUGACGACGACAGAAGCUUGUGGAGUUCAUCCAAAGUCUGUGGACAAUCACACGUUACAGUAUCUUGUUCAACAGGAUAGUCACAUGGCGUUGUCUGGCACUGCUGGUAUGUCACCCUAUAUUAUAGUUGGGUUUCUUUGUGUUUUACCUGUACAUUGCUAUACUGUUGGCAAUAUGUUUUAUAUUAGUCUAGUGACAUUUUAAUUUGACUGCUUUUAGAGAUGGGAAUUGCUCAUGUUUUGAGGAAUAGAACGUUCAAAGAAGCUAGGCCACAUUGGUUUAUGGCCAAAAGCAAAUGCUAUCGACCGGAAAUCUCUCAUUCAGCAUCAGAAGCCAAAUUAUACAGAGUCCAUGAGUUUAACAAGGUAAGUUGAUGAUAUGACUUUAAAUUGUAAUAGUAUAGAGUAAUUGUGAUUACUGUAUGUUGUUUUAGGUAGAGAUGUUUGUGGUGUGUAAUAGCGACGAUAGUGAGCGAUGUCUAGAUGAGAUUGUCUCUAUCCAAAGGAAGAUAUUCGAUGGUUUAAGCUUUCAUUACAGGUAACCAAUCUUCUAUCUUAAUUAUGUACAUGUAAAUAGCAGUUACUACUUAUAGUAUAGAGCAAAGCUUUAAAAAUAUGAUGUUGCAGAGUACUAAACAUGGCUAGCCAAGAACUGGGAGCAGCGGCGGCCAAGAAGUUUGAUAUUGAAGCUUGGAUGCCUGGCAGAGGUUACUAUGGGGAAGUGAGUAGUGCUUCAAACUGUACCGAUUACCAAUCGAGAAGGUUGGGCAUUAAGUUACGACAACAAGAUGGCACUACAGAGUAUGCUCAUACUUGUAAUGGAACAGCGAUCUCGUCUUCUCGGGCUUUGAUCACUGUUUUGGAGACGCAUCAGGAUAAGGUAGGUACUGUAAUAUGGUUGAAUUAUUUUUUAUGUUAUAACGCGAUUUGCAAUAAGUAAGGACGUUUUGUUUGAAAUACUUUUUUACCUUAUUAUAGGCGAGGAAAGGUUGGAAGUGUCCACAAGUUCUAAAGAAGUACAUACCUGAAGGCAGAAGUCUGCCAUUUUCUUUUAAACAGGCUGCCAAAUUUACAUACGAUGACUAA